UUCCUCUCUCCACAAGUAGUUGCACAACCACUUCCUUCACUCAUAAACAAUCAAGAAAACAUGUCUGCAGUGAACAGAAAGAUCGUUAACACCACUUCGGCCCCGGCUGCCAUUGGCCCGUACAGCAGAGCAGAAGGAGCAGCUGUACAGGAGAGAUCUCCAACUGGCAGACUAGAAAUGGCAACUAUUCGUCGACAAAUCCCCUACACACCAAAAGCCCCUGUCAGACAGGGAAUAUACAGCCAGUCGGUGGUUGUGGACAGAACGAUGUACAUCUCUGGUCAGCUGGGGUUGGACGUGGCUUCUGGUCAGCUGGUAGAUGGAGGUGUGAAGGCCCAGGCCAAACAGGCUCUCAUCAAUAUGGGGGAGAUCCUUAAAGCUGCUGGCUGUGACUACACAAACGUGGUGAAGACGACUGUGCUGCUCGCCGAUAUAAACGACUUCAACAGCGUCAACGAGGUCUACAAAACAUUUUUCAGCAGCAACUUUCCUGCCAGAGCUGCCUAUCAAGUGGCUGCUCUCCCAAGAGGUGGACUGGUGGAAAUCGAGGCAGUUGCUGUUACCGGUCCUCUCUCAGACUCCUGACUAGCCGGCCACAUCCCAAACAAGUUGUAGUCUAACCAUCAAGUGACCCUCUAAUUGUACAGUGGAAGCCUUGUUUGUUUUUUUUCAGAUGAAACAUGACAGACCAAACUAGGAUCUUGUUAGCUUUCUUUUUCCAUAUAGUCAGAUUUUAGCUUGAAUUAGUUUCUCCUCUAGCCACUGUAGCUGGUUGAUGGCACUGAACUAUUUUCAGUAUAAUACCACUUAAACCCUUAAGAACAGAGCAGCACUUAAUUGACCAGCAUUUGGUUUCUGGCUAAUGGAAAUUUCACACCUGACACACCGUAGGUAAAACAAAAUGAUAAAGUGAGUGAGUAUCUGUACAAUCAGUCUAACAUUCCCUGGUCACAGUGGCCAGAUUCCGGUUCAAAUCAACUUCCUAUUGGUGCUGUUUCUGGUUGAUCUCUCAUCUUCUGUUUUGUUCCAAGUAAAUAUUAUAACACAUUUAAAAAGUGCAGCUCUCACUAAUAAAAGAAUGUCAUA